GGGUAAAGUACAGGUGAAGACUUCAAAUAAAUUACAUGAGUCAAUUCAAAAUUAAUAGCUCUAGCGUGUAACGCAAGAUUGAUUUGUAAUUAUGAUUGAUUUCGGACGAGAGAUAAUAUUGUGCAUAGUAAUAGCAAUAUCUGAAACAUUUUGAGCGAGAAAAAGCCUGGCCGUUCUUAGGUUUGUUUUGCUAUUUGCGCCUGAAAAUAUCUGUCGAGAUGUUCUUGAGUUACAUGUAUUGGCAUUUCAGUGAAUAAUGCGUGAGUGCCCAGGAACUUAUCAAAGUGCUUAAUUAUUUUGCUUGUUAGCAGCUGUUAUUGUUUUGGAGCUAGGGGGCAUUGUUUCUGUUGUUUGUUCUAUUAUCCUCUUAAAGGGUAUCAAGCCAUUCAUGUGAUACCUUACAAGAGCUGCUACCCGACCCCUAGUACAACGACGACAAUUGCAAUGACAGAAGAACAAAACAGAUCAACUCAAGGCGUCCGUUUAUGAGGUGGCUGCCUACAGAAAUUAAUGUCAACGUACUUUUCUGUAGCGUCCACUCUAGUGCGCCGGAGAAAUUUGAAAACGCAGCUUUAUUUCUACGGUUAGGCCUACCGUCCACACUAAUCCGUCACGAAAACGGAGCUUGUCAAGAACGCUUUUAAAACCGGAGUGAUCUGAAAACGCCGGUGUUUUAAUUUCGUGUGGACGAAAAAGCUUUUCGAAAACGAUGGCGUCGCCAUAAUCCUGUGAUAUCCCUGAUAUUUGAUGCGUUUUCAGAGUGACGUCACCGUUUUCAAAUUGUUUGGGCGUGGUGUGGACUGGGCCUGAAGCUGUUUGUUAGUCGCUUGGUAGCCACUCACAUGGUCGCUUGCACCUGAUUUACAUGGCUACGGUGGCGACAACGGGUAAAACCACAUCCAGUAUGACAGCAGCAACAGAAUUUGAAAACAAGUUUGCUAAAUUCAGGGCUAAAACAUUGCGUAAAUAGCAGGGUUAAGGCACGAGCUUGAUAUCUGCGCUAGGUAACACCAGAUGCGAAGAGCGAAGUUGUUUAUACUUCUAACUCCAUAGACAUUCAGUAACUCCACCCAAAACGUCGGUCCCCAGCUAGCAAAGGCUGAAUCCAAAAACUGCAACGACUAUUAAACGAAUUGAUUUCACUUUACACUUGGCAACUGCACCAUGAAUUGUUCCAUUUUUGCUUCUUUUCCACAGAAAAACGGCAAUCUUUGUGUAGGUGAGGAACAUGUACAUUAAUGGAAUAACAAAUACCAGAAAAAAGUGUAUUGUUUUGGAUAGCUGGGUUUUCCAUUUUGAAGGCAAAUCACAGAAGCUAUAUUCUUUACAAGUUUCCGUGCCGUUGUCCUCUUUAGAGCAAAUUACUUCAGUGUCUGUCCUAACGCUAUAAAUAAAAGGAACAGACGUUAUAAAGGCGUAAAUCAAAAUGGCAGCAAUUAGUUUAAAAUACGUCUUUAAAUGUCUCGGCGCCAAGCUAUCAAAAGGUCGCAAGACGUUUCUGUGUCGGUCCCAGGCGAUCGCGGCCAAACUGUUGAAAAUGGCCGCGGCACAUGCGUAGUCGAUGAGCCCGAGAGCCUUGCAUGAUGAAGAGUUGCCCUUGGAGAAUUGAAUGUUCCAAAAAAUUGGAACGGUCAAGUGAAACAGUAGAUACGUUACAGACAAAUGGAAAAUCAGAAAACUUGAAAUACUCUGCCGUAUCUUGCCACUUCGAACCAUGACAAAGACCACCAUGAUGUCACAAAGACAACCAUAAUGUGAGAACAGCACCGCAUAAAAGCAACGCGUAGUAAGCGACUUUAAAUAAGUAAACACAGUCUUUACGAUAGAGACACGGUGAUGAGGAAUUUUAAUCACUUGUGUUACUCCAGCUUUCUAUAGUUUGAUUCAUUUUCAUGUCUGUUAUUGCUUUUCUCCUGAGUUUCGUCUUGAACGCCCUGACUGGCAGGAGACGAGAAAACGGUCUUUUUGGACUCAAAAUCCUCGCUUAAUUCUCUACCAAAACACAGUAAGCUCUGUUGGUUAAAUGCAAGCCUUAACCCGUUGAGAUAGCGCGUGUGAUGAAAGCCAUAUAAAUUUUCUCUUAAUGUUCCGGACACAGGUUGGUGAACAGCUAAGUCAAUAAAACCCACUGCGAAAAAUCAAGAGUAUGAUUACCAUGCACGAACAGCAAAGAGGAAGCUUUUGGACAAGUACAAUGAAAAUCAAUUAUGAAGCCCCCGGUCUGUCUUUUUACGGUCAAAUAUAUUAAUUUUUAUUUCUGCAUUCUCUGUCUUACAAUAUUUUAGAAAAUAACAGAAAUAACCUAUAAGUGCUAUCAGUUUAGGUCUUACUAAUUCACUGUGUAUUUUUUCGCUCAGAGUUUGCCAUCACACAACGCACGUGCGCUGUUUAAACUGAGUUUUUGCCGCCGUCAAACAAAACUACAGCAGUCGUAAUGGUCAAACCUAACUGGAAAGCUAACUUGUUCUACUCUUUGAAAUCGUAGUCUGAGAGAUUCGUCAAGGCUGCAAUAUUCAUAUACCGUGAGAACAACUGAAUUAAACCACGUACGAACCACAAAAAAGACCCUUAAUAACGAGGUGACCAUAUCAACCGGGCAAGUGUCUGCACAAACCUGGAAAGAGGCCGUAUGAAACGGCAGGUGUACUUAUUACCCUGGAAGUGACCGGACCGACUGCGUAUCUACCGUUUCAACUGGGCAGAUUUACGUAUUAAAUGUGAAGGUUUAUGUAUGAACCUGCCUGGUUCCCGCAUCAACAGGGUAUAACGUAAGUGGUCGUGCCCUCCGAGCAGGUGUACGUAUCAACCGGGCAGGUGUGCGUAUUAGCCGGGGAAGAGUCUGUAUCGACCGGGCAGGUUUCCGUAUCGAACAGGCAGGUGUGCCUAUCAACCGAGCCAGUGACCGUAUCACAUAACUGUGCGGGUAUCCGUAUCAACCGGGCAGGUGUUCGUAAAGCGGGUUGCGGCACUCCUUUUUAAUUUUUUUCUGUGUAGUUUGUGUAUGAAAUACUAGAGGUAUCAGUAGUGCACUCCGCGCAAAACUUUCAAUGGUAUAAGUUAAAUUUUCAAACAGUAACUAACCAAUCACAAAGCAUAAUGCAUCGGUACUUGGAAAUAACCUAGUAGACGUCAAUCUAUGGCUAUUUAUCAGACGCUCUUCUCGUCUUUGCCCUUUAUAAACAGGCAACUCAACAGGACGGUUUGAAGAGGGGGUGUACACUGUAAAUACCAUUCCUCAACCCAAUUUGUGCCCAGAUCCCAUCCCAAGGGUUUUUAGUUUGUUGUUUCCAGUCCCCGUGACCCAAAUCCCGUUUUCCCAGAGGAAAAAAAAAAAUGCCUUUCAAAUUCCACUUCUCAUUUCACCUCUUCAGAUCCCUCUCAAAAUAAAAAUAUAACACAGACCGCACGAGAAAGUAAAGGAAAAUAACAGCAGUAUUUUCUGCAGAUCAAACAAGUCAAAAUUACAGUAUUUUAAAACAAAAUCAUGGCUUGAUAUUCAGUGAAUGGCGAGCUAUUGAAUAAGAUUGAAGUCAAGUUAAAGCUUCUUUAUACAGUAAUUCAUUUUUCGGUGGAAUAUUCACAGUUUUGUUUAACUUGAUUCACUUUAUAAUUUCAAUUUCGAUCACCUGCCAAGAUACGUCCCUGCAUGGACAAAUUAAAACUGAGAGAGGCCUUGUUGUUUUUGCUUCGUACUUUUUUUUCCUAAAACGUCUGGCUCACGUUUUUCCAAAAGUGUGAGAAUCACAAAUUGAAGCUUGUUAUGUAACGUUUAACUACGUGCAUGAACUCACAAACAACAUUACGGGCUUGUUUUUGUGCCCACGGCGAUUCGGCGGACGCGAGGGUGGGGAGGUACGGGAAAACGCUGGCAAGAGUGUAUAAACUGGGGCUCUAAUUCCAGUUCAAAAUCAGGUCAAACAAGGUAUUUAUGAAGAAAUUCGAUGAAAAAAGAAGAAAAAGCUAGUGAAAACUGCUCUGAAAUAUUAAAAUAUCCACAACCAGUUCUGGCAGUUUGUAAAUUCUUCUAAUGGCAUCUGCAAUACACGUCACAUAAAGCACUACAAAUGAGCUCUCUCACUUCAGGUUUUGAUAAACGUUUGUUGAGUAUAAAACAAUUCAUGUUUGGUUUCUCCUUCUAAAGGUACGGCUGGGUAUAUAAAAAGAUUAAACAGUGUUAAUAUUGCAUUGUGAGCAAUACUGUUGAAACAAAAUACAACCAUGGUUGAUUUACGACAACGAAGCGAGACCAAACUGCACAAACUAAAAUUAAAGAGAGAUACAAGGUAUUUUAUGAAAACAGUCUGGAUAUUCAACGAAGGAAUUGCAUAUCAUAAAUUCCCCUGACAAUCUAUUUCCAGAGAAGUCUAGAAGAUUUGCAAAUUCAAUUUGCAAAUCAACGGCUUUCGGUGGAACUUUUAUUUGUUAAAAUAAUCAAAUAUGCGGGAUGUGCACUUUUCAGUUCCUUUGUAAACCGGCAUUUGGGUGCGCUUGCACAAGCUGUAAGAAAACUAAAUUUAAUACAUGUUUCUAAUGGAUGUUCUCUUCGUCUAAAAUACUGAACUCACGUGUUUCCAAAGAGUUUGUUACAUAACUGAUCUGCUGCAAGUGAUCGUAGACGUCCUCAAUUAUUAGGCAAUUUAGGUAACCACGAUUGCAAGCGACGACAGGGAAAACGCCGUUUAAUACAUUAUAAAUGAAUUUAGAAUUUGCUUACGAUUCUCGCUAUACAGUUAAGUCAUUUAGUUUGAUUGUCUUUGUCAAAACCAUCUUGAAACUGAAAAUGGAACACGGUGUUUAAUCUGAAAAAGGAAAUUAGAAAAUAAGCCGUCUUGGCUCACGUUCUCAAGACAACGCAGAAUGUGGUCAUAUGCCAUUUUGCAGAUGACGGCAAAGAAAUGCACCAAGAAUUAUACUGUUGUGCUCAUUAAACCUUUUAGUUAGCCACGCUGCCGUUGCCAUUGCGUUCGUGUUUUUCUUAAACAUCCUAGUAUGAUUACAACAAUACAUGCAGUUGUUUUGCUCCUUCAGUGAAUUUUUUCCAUGCCCAAUGACUCUUAAAGUAAAAGGUCUUCUGAGAAUACUGCCAAUUAGGUCUCUCCAAAAAUCAUAGUUACUCUAAAAUGCUCCGAGGUGUUUUAAAUCCACGUAGAGUAAAGAAAAUCGUCUUUUUUGUUUUGAAAAUUGAAUUUCUCAGUGUUGUUCUCAGUGAAUCAUGUGAAAACAGUUGCAUAGCUGUGAGUUAACUCAAACGGGAAAUAUUUUUCUCUGUUUAUUUUUCAAAAUGGUCGACCUCACGUUUUCCCGACGCCAUGUGAAACCAAUUUUCAAAAUGCAUGUUAUAUAAGGUUAAAUAAACUGCAUCUUGCAUUGAGCUUAACACGUUAUUGUUACCAAGACAAUUUUAAAGUUUAUUAUUUCUGGCGGGGAGUUAACGGGUGUUGUGAAGUGAAGGUCAAAAUUGCUACGGAGGGCCACAUGACAAUUACAAAAACAAAAGAGACUAAACGAAGCGUGUAUAGUAAAGUGAGAUGACCUAGGGAGAACGCUGUGUAGAUUUUAUCCAUUUAUCAAUUUUAUAUUCUAUACUUUUAGCUUGGUAAAAGCUAACGUUGUUUAGUAUUUUAUUUUGGUUAUAGCAAACUGUCCCCCUUUCUUGCAAUAGUCACAUUGACAGGAACUUACAGCAUAUAACGACACAAAACUCGCCUAGAAAAACACCAUCGACGCAUUAUUCCACGUGUUAUAUAACGAAACGAAAACUCACGUGCACCUGCAACACCUGUUCAGCUUUGGUUCCUUCCUGAACAAGAGGGGAUAAAAAGGAAUCAAUAACACACCGCAAUCUUCACAUUAGACUUGAAUUUAAAGCGAUAGACAUGGAGAAAGGAAAACAACACGGCAAGACAAGCAGUGCAACAUUCCUACCCGAUGCUGCGAUAUCUUCCAGAUUUCUGUACAGUUUUCAAGGAAUGAUUCAUCCCGUAAAUGCUAAUGCUCCAUUCGCAGAUAAAAGAGUUUUAAUUCAAGACAUUCCAGAAAGUAGCGAGGCUAACAGAGUCCGCCAGAUAUGCAGUGAGUUGUUAUCGUCACUAUCAGCCAAGAAGAAGUUAUUCCAAGUGGGCAGUCAGCAUCAAACGCGUGAGGGGAAAUCGUGGGCGCUGGCAUGUGAAGGCGGGAAUUAUGGUGGGCAACAUGAAGAUACGAAACUGUCAUUGCCUUUCUUGGUACACACAAAAAGCACAGAGUGCAACUCCCCCGUUUCGAGGGACUGCUCGAAGGAAAUUGCCACCUUUGAGAGCGCAGCUCAAGCGGUAUCCAACAAAGACAACAAGGAAUACAAGUUAGAAAAAACAAUCGCUCAGCAACCUGAAAAACAAGACAAGUUAAGCGACGAACCUGCUGGAAAGAAGAGAAAAGAAGACGCUUUAGAAGACGAUCACACACGUAACGGACCAAAAGAAAGAGAAACUUAUUGGGAGCGAAGAAAGAAAAAUAAUGCUUCGGCAAAAAAGUCAAGGGACGCGAGAAAAGCCCGAGAACUGCAAACACAAAUAAAGGCAGCUUUUCUUGAGAGGGAGAACCUGGGAAUACAUGCACAGCUUAUGAUUGCUCAACAGGAAAAUGCGUGUUUAAAACGAAUUUUAUGCGCCAAAAUGUAGAGAACGUUGUGACUGUAGACAUUUGUGUUUGUAAUUUGUACCAGCUGACGCGUUUAUAAAAUGCCUUGCCAUUGCUUAGAAAUAGUUUUUUCUUGAUAUAACUAUGUAUAAAAAUCCCUCUUAAUGCAGGAAUCUCUGUGUAGUUAGAAGGGCGGUAGCCCGUGACAGGCAAAGUGAGGCACUUGCCUCAGUCAUCUUUUUCGUUUUCUGUUGUUUACAGUCAUCAUAAACACGCUAAAUACCUAGGAAGAGAAUUUAACCAUGGACAUUCCGUCGGUUUUAAUUUUUUCAUGGACAAUGCAUGAGUCACAUUAAAUUUUUCUGGCCACGGUCCUGGUUAUUUACUGUUAUGUGUACUGAUAUUUCACAUACCGCACUGCUUUUAAAACUUGAUUGACACAUUGUAUUAUCUGACAAUUUGUCAUUGAAUCGUUAAGAAUAAUUGCUUACUUCACUCACGGUUUAUUUUUUAUUCGUCUUCGCAGAUGUCACCCAUCAUCUGUCUGUGUGUAAAUCGUUCCUCUCUGUGGGGCUGAGGGGGUGGAGAGGAGUGGGCAGGGGGUGGAGGGGCGUGGACAGGGGGUGGGGGAAAGACUACGUGAGGAGAAUAGUGUCUCUACUUAAUUUAAAUUUCGCAAUAAUGGAAGAGACAAAUGUCGUGAGACUUAAAGGAGCUCACUCACGGUAUUUUGAGUUAUUUUGGCCGCAUACAAAAUUACC